AUGGCGGAGAAGACUCUCCCUGCCAGCCUCCCCGCCGCAGCUCGUGCGGCGAAGCUCCCGGCCAUCACGCAGAAGAUCCUCGAGCGGCUUCGGAAGCAGCGGGACGAGAGGGCUGCAGGGGCUGCCGGGGCUGGGGCCGGGGCCGCCGUGCCGGGCGCUUGUGAGGUCCCCGCACCGCCUCAGCCGCCGCCCCAACAGCAGAUCAUCCGCGUGGAGGGUGUCGAGCUCUUUGGCGACGAGCCCUGGUUCGACGACCCCGACACGCGUCGCAGGCUCCGGGAGUCCGUCGUCGAGGCCCACCGCGAGGAGAAGAUCUUAGUUGGCCCACCUGCAGAUGAGGUCGAGCGAAUUUGUCCCUCUAGCGGGCGCAUCUUGGGCGCUGGCGCGGUUCUGCGCCUGGGCGGCGCCCAUCAGGGUGGGUACGGCGAGCAGGAUGUGGCCUACGCGUAUCGCCAGCUGGCCAGAGCUCUGCACCCGGACAAGAAUCCGAACCUCGCGGCAGGGGCGGCCUUCAAACGCCUCUCCGAGGCCGCGGACGAGCUGCGGCAGGGCCUCACUGAGCAGCGGACCACACUGCAGCGCUUGGUGGCCUUCGCAGGCCGUACGGCCUCCCAAGAGAUGCUCGAGCGGCCUCAGGAGGCCAUCUUUGCGGAGGCCUGCCGCGUGCUGCACAGCGUGUCGAGCACGGCUGGGGAGGGCCACAUCGACCGGCUGGCGCUGAACCGUGCCGCCAACUUGAACUCGCAGAAGGCGCUGUUGCUGGCGUCCGAGUGGUUCCAGAAGCCGCAUCUGCUGGAGAUUUUCGGGGGUACGUCACUUCGCACCGCCUAUGACUGCGCGCCCAAGCGCUACCGCGCCCAGUUCCUAUGCCUCAUCAACCGCUUGCUGGUGGUGGAAGCGCGCCAGUUCGGGGACGGCCACAUCCGAGCGCCCUGGCAGCAAAUCAUGCAGAACUUCCCCGAGCUCGCGCUGUGGCGAGACUUCCGGGACCGCCUGCAGCUACACAUUUGGGACUGCAGCCGCGACCCAGCGGGGGAUGUGCGUAUCUAUGCGGACGAGGUGGAUGCGGCGAAGGAACCCAAGGAGCCUGAGAUGGAUGACAAGACGAAAGCACAGAAGCUUCUGGAGUUAUACUGGCAAACCUGCACGGGCCCGACCUUUCAAACGGCUUAUGACAAGCUGCGGCAUCGCGGCAAGAUGACUCUGCAGCUGGGUGUCAUGCAGCUCAUGGAGGAGGCGACGCAGGAAGUAGUGACCAAGUUGGGCCUGAAGGAGGGCUGGAAGUUCAAGCAGACGGUUGAGCUGGUGAAGGAGCAGGUGGACGACGAGCUCCGCAAGAAGGCCUUGGAGCUGGAGCGUAUGGUGGAUUACCCCGCUGGGAAGCUCUUUGGCCUGGAGGACCGUAGCCGCAGCCGCCGCAGCCGCCGUAGCCGCAGCCGGCGUCGUAGCCGCACCCACGGAGGGAUGCGCGCGAGACGCGCGAUACGCGAGACAGGGAGAAGGACAAGGACAAAGGUGACAAAGGUGACAAGGGUGACAAGGGUGACAACAGUGAGAAGAAAGAACCUGUCAGACAAAGAAGCAAGUGGGAUGUCGGUGAGUGUGGAAAUCUGA